AUGGCUCUCUUCGUGCACAACGGCCUCCCGGUCGCCGUCCUGUGGACCCUGGCUCUCUGCGUGGCCGCGACGGCCGCCGACGCCUGGACGCACCCCACAGUGCCCGUGCCGCCGCCGUGGCAGCACACCCAGGCCCAGGAGCAACAGUUGCUGGACGCCGUCGGCGGCCUGGGUAAGCGGCAUGGCCACGCCCCGGAUGACGAGCCCGGGGACCUGUCCACGGACUCGUCCUCCACGGACUCGUCCUGGACGACGCGCACCACCGCGCCCUCCCCCGCCAUCUUCACGGCCCUGGGGAGCGUGGGCGUGCUCAGCGACCUCAGCAGCUUCUUCAACAACCUGCAGGAGAACCUCGAGUCCAUGGAGAACAUGACGCCGGACCAGCGGCGCAUGGUGCUGGGCGGGGACUCCCCGCAGCUGCUCCCACAAGCAGGUCCCGGGAGGCCCAUGUCAGCUCCAGCCCUCAUGACUUCGCUGCGCAACCACAGGCCGUCGUUCAGGACGAGGCACUUCGUGGAGACGAGCGAGCCGGCCGCGCUGCGCCGCUCCAACAACCACGACCCCCAGCUGCUGUGGGCGGGCAUCGGCCGCUAGGGCCUGCCUGGCCCGCCUGGCCCGCCUGGCCGCUUCUUGGCUCUGGCCCUCCUCUUCGAAACUCGCGUUUCUCCUUGUUUCCUCGUUGCUACUCACUCGGAGACGCCUCUUCGUCUUCACAGCCGCGGCGCCGAAACGCCGAUGACGGGGCCGAUUUUCGAAUUCGAGCGAGUGUAUUGAUAGCAAUGGCGUAGUCGUGAAUUUAUGUUAGCAAUCGCUUCGCACAAUCAUUUUGUUAAAAAAAAUAUAUACAUUCCGAUUAUUGUACGACUUGGCAUUUUGUGGAGAAAGUUCAAAAUUGAGUAUAAAUUAACUAUGUAUUUAAAAGGCAGAACUUAAAAUUCUGGCUUGCUGAAAUCACGCAAAAAAAAAUAUUAGACGUUGAAACCACGGCGCACCGUUCUGAGUGUGUGCUCGGCCACAGCUGCUUGCCAGAGUAUAUCGUCGUGGUGUCUAUUUGCUUGCUGCUCUCUAUCCUAGUCUUGCUCCGUCAAGUCCCGCGGCGUACAAUAUCUUGGCCGCUCGCAGCAGUCGUAAACUUGAUGUGUGCCCCUGCGCCCAUGUCCCAGGGAAGGCGGGAAGUGGAAGUGGGACACGAAGCGAGGGAACACGCUGGGUGCACCGCGACUCCCUUGAUUGGAACUGAGGCGACAGGGCCUGUCCUUGUUAUUGCUACACGCUGCAGUACAUGACUGUCCCACAAAGCGCCAACGCGCUACGUACGUAAUAACAAAAAAAUAAAAUAAAGGAAAAAAUAUUU